CCCCGUUUGGCCGGCUCGCGAGGAAACGUGGCAGGCGACGCGGCGCCGUUGGAACUUUCGUGCUUUCGACAGUUUACCUAUGCACCCUGCAGGACCGACGUAGUCGAUCCAGUUAUUCCAUGGUCAUAGGGUAACCAUCGUCUUCCUACGAUAACAAAAAUGAAGUACUCCGCUGUGCUACUUGGGCUAGCUGCCAUUCUGGCCAUCGGCCGCUGCGAAGAUGAAGUAAAUGAAGCUGCUCACCUAUUGGUAUCCAAACAAAUUCUUAAUAGAUAUCUCGUCGAGACAAUGGACAUUGUGGUUAAGUACACAGUUCACAAUGUCGGCAAUUCUGCUGCACUGGAAGUUGAAAUAACAGACAACUCCUUCCAUCCUGACAAUUUCGCCCACAUUAGUGGGGAACUAAAUGCUAGAAUUGAUCGUGUUCCUCCAGGCACAAAUGUCAGCCACACAGUUGUUGUAAGGCCAAGGAAAUACGGUUACUUCAAUUUCACCGCUGCCGAGGUCUUGUAUCGCCGCACUGAGGACGCUCCCAGGAUGCAGGUUGCCGUCAGCAGCGAGCCUGGCGAAGGUCUUGUUGUUGCAUUCAGAGAUUAUGACAAGAAGUUCUCUUCUCACGUAAUUGAUUGGGCAGCAUUUGCAGUGAUGACCCUGCCAUCACUGGCCAUUCCGUUUGCCCUGUGGUAUUCUAGCAAGAGCAAAUAUGAGAAACUUUCAAAGAGCACCAAGAAACAUUGAUCGUCUAACAUCGAACUCCUAAAUUCAUUUCAAUCGUGGUGUACAAUAUUUGUAUAGAUUCUGCGUGAUUGUGAGACGCAUGACUGUUUCAUUAUAAAUAAUUAAUUUUUUUUUAAAUAAACGCUAUUUAUGAUAAUUAUACUACCAGUUAUCCUUCGGUGAUCCUGUUAUAAUAAAAAUUAAAAUUAGUAUAAGGCAACAAUCGAAUAGACAAAUCAAAUGUUAGUACUCAAGUGCAAUAUAACUUUAUCGUUUUUGCCAAAUUCUGCAAUCCUAUUUUAAUAUCUUGUAAUAAUUACAGCUGUGGUUUUCAGAUCACAAUUGAGCAAUUUGUAUAUACCAAUGUCUAAAAAAAUGCAAUCAUCUGAUUAUCUAGCCGAAUAAUAUGGUAUAAAAGUUACAGACGCACAGAAAACUUCCUACAGUUGUUAGAUUGUGUUUGUUACAUUUACCUGAUACUGGCAUUACUCUAUUAGAAUAAUACAUACGCUCCCAUCAGAUGGACUCUUUCGACGUGUUAUAGCCACGUAUGGAGUUUCCCUUCUAACUGUAUCCUAUGGACAGUCUUCGUCAUGCUGGCGAGACUGAGCAAACCAUCAGACAGGAUAUGAUAUCUCUCUCAUCCGCACCGUGAUUGCCUACUACAGAUAUAUAACCACCAACUAUGGCGUAGGUGAAGUUAUUGCGGCUUUAGGCGAAUCAACCGCCGUAACAGCUAGAGGUCGAUUCUAUCAAAUUAAUCAACGUAGCGGAAAAUUGAUGUUGUAAUGUCUAGAAGCAAUAAAACCGUGUUGAAUCGAUAAGUCA